AUGGGAUUUCCACGCAUGCUGUUGCGUAAGCAAUGGCUUCUUCAACCUGGAAUGAAGUUAAGAUGGACUCGCUGUCUUUACACUCGACCACAAGCCUCAAAACAAGUACCCCCAUCACCAUCGGAAUUACUUCGAUUCGUCCUAAGAGACUCAACCGAGCCAGGUCUUAACGCAAGCCCAAUUGAUGCUCUACCUUCAGAUCUUCGUGAGGCUUUCAACACUGAGUGGAAAUCUAACAGUCCACCUCCAUCAUUGUGGAAUUCUCUCAAAGGACUUCCUCUAUUGCCCGGAAAAGAGGAGAUCAUCGAUGUCCGUUCCCUGCGAAGCGCUAUUGCGAGAUACGCCAAUGAUAAGUACGGUGCAGAAUUUCUGCAAGAGACAAUAUGUUCAUUCUUAAGUCACACUUUGCAAAGUCAUGGACAGGGAGGCAAAUCGGCAGAGCUUCUGCAAGUGUUAGACGACCUUCAUGCCAGGCUACAUCGUCUCCAACUCCCGGUCAACCGAAAUCUCCAUUCUCUUUGCAUCGGACUUGCAAUGCGUGAUCUAUCGGUACCCGCUAUUAGAAAAUUUCUAGUUGACUACCAGCGCAAGGGUUUCCCGUCUGUGGAUAAUCAGCGAGAGAUCAUGUUGAUAUCCGUUAGCUGUGCUCAACAACUUGACUCAAAAACUUUUGAUGAUCCAAGCUAUGACCACGAUCCUAUGCUUGCAGUUGUUACAGGUGAAGGAGAUAUUUCACCCCAAAACUCCGUGAAGUUGCGUGACAUCUUGCAGUGGACGCCAGCCUCAGAAGAAAGCAUGGGCUAUCUCUAUCUACUAAUAAAGCUUGGGAGUAACGAGGUACUUCGAGCUUGCUGGGCUCAAUUCGUGAAAGAUAUCUCGUCUUCUGGGAGUGGCCACGCUCAAGCCUAUAGAGCGGUGCUAUUACUAGUCCAAAUUGGGCGCUCCGAGACCGCAGCGCAGUUCCUGGAAGAGGUGUCUCAGGUUUCUGGCGACAACCUUCCACAUAUUGCGCAAGUUGGAGCUGGAGCUCUUCAGGCUCUCAUUGACGAUCCUACCGUGGGUGAUGCAUUACCUGAUUUAGUGAGAGGCAAGGACUACCUUGAAUUGCUUGAGGAUUGCCUCCAGAACAUAGACCGGAGGUUGGGUAUACAGUGGAAUUCCGAAAGUCAAAGUCAUUUCAGCACAGCCCCAGAGUCCUCAGACACAAUAUGGGAAGCAUUUGACGAGCAAGCACUGCCUACUCUCGAUCGGCAAUGUAUUGCCGCUGAUCACAUCAACCAACUAUAUGCAGAACUUCAGGUCAAUGGUUGUUCCAAGUCACCAGCUGUAUUGGGAGGUAUUGUGGAUCUGUUGCAUGAUCAUGACGGAAUGUCCCAGGAAAUUAUCACUCAUCACGGUUACGGUGAACUAUACUCUGGAGAAACUCGCUCCGAAUCGGAAUUCCUUGAACUUCGAUGGACUCCGGAGUACUCACCGGUAGAAUUUUCCAAUUCCAGAAUACCGGCGCUACAUGACUCGUCUGUGCCGUGGACUCCAUCUAGACUCGGACUUGUUCGGGCUCGUUUGAUCGUUGAUGGAGUGCCCGAAACGGGAAUCAAUGCCUUACAUUUGAUGCAGCUCGGCUGCAUGGACAUGCGGUAUGGUGUGGAUCAGCCAUGGCAGUCGUCUGGAUACAUUGUUGUAUGGGAUCGUCACCACAAUGACCUCCUGGCUUUGUAUAUCGGAAACAGAAACGGUAAUGGGGUCAUUGAUUGUGGUCCAGCGCCUUCGGAUGGCCUCUUUGGAGCCUUGGUAAAUCUCAAGCUCCCAACGGAUCCUAUAAGGACGAACUUUUGUUCUCUUGGUACCCCUAAGCUUGCUCGAAAUUGCCAUGGGCCUUAUUUCCUGGAUGUAGAUCCAAGUCCCGACUUACAUUAA